CUCUCCGCCCUUGGGCGCCAUGGCCCCACUGAGGCCAGGAGCCCUCGUGGGUCCCCAAGCGCCUCGGCCGUGGCGCCGCUGAUCUCGGACAGGUCAGGGGACGCCUUGCCCCCCGAGGGUCCCGCGAGACAGAGCCGGAGCCAUGGAGCCUCCGGCCGCCCCCUCGGAGAGGAGCCUCUCUCUCUCUCUCCCUGGACCUCGGGAGGGCCAGGCCACCCUGAAGCCACCCCCCCAGCACCUGUGGCGGCAGCCAAGGACCCCGAUCCGCAUCCAGCAGCGCGGCUACUCGGACAGUGCCGAGCGCUCAGAGACGGAGCGCUCGCCGCACCGGCCCAUGGAGCGCGCCGACGCCGUGGACACUGGCGACCGGCCAGGCCUGCGGACUACCCGCAUGUCUUGGCCCUCGUCCUUCCACGGCACCGGUACCAGCGGAGGCAGCAGCAGGCGCGUGGAGGCAGAAAAUGGGCCAACACCGUCCCCUGGCCGCAGCCCCCUGGACUCACAGGCGAGCCCUGGUCUUGUGCUACAUGCUGGGGCAGCCACCAGCCAGCGCCGAGAGUCCUUCCUCUAUCGCUCAGACAGCGACUAUGACAUGUCACCCAAGACUAUGUCCAGAAACUCAUCUGUCACCAGCGAAGCGCAUGCCGAAGACCUCAUUGUAACACCGUUUGCCCAGGUGCUGGCCAGUCUCCGCAGCGUUCGAAGCAACUUCUCACUCUUAACCAAUGUACCCAUCCCCAGCAACAAGCGGUCCCCACUGGGCGGCCCACCCGCUGUCUGCAAGGCCACGCUGUCAGAGGAGACAUGCCAGCAGCUGGCCCGGGAGACCCUGGAAGAGCUGGACUGGUGUCUGGAACAGCUGGAGACCAUGCAGACCUUCCGCUCUGUCAGCGAGAUGGCCUCGCACAAGUUCAAAAGGAUGCUGAACCGGGAACUGACACACCUGUCGGAAAUGAGCAGGUCCGGAAACCAGGUCUCAGAGUACAUUUCCACAACAUUCCUGGACAAACAGAAUGAAAUGGAGAUCCCCUCACCCACGCCCCGCCAGAGAGCCUUCCAGCAGCCCCCACCACCGCUGGUGCGACAGUCCCAGCCCAUGUCUCAGAUCACAGGGCUGAAGAAGCUGGUACACACCGGAAGCGCGAACACCAGUAUCCCGCGGUUUGGAGUCAAGACAGAUCAAGAGGAACUCCUAGCACAAGAACUGGAGAACUUGAGCAAAUGGGGCCUGAACAUCUUUUGUGUGUCGGAGUACGCCGGAGGCCGCUCGCUCAGCUGCAUCAUGUAUACAGUAUUCCAGGAGCGGGACCUGUUGAAGAAAUUCCGCAUCCCCGUGGACACCAUGGUGACUUACAUGCUGACCCUGGAAGACCACUACCACGCUGACGUGGCCUACCACAACAGCCUGCACGCAGCUGAUGUUCUGCAGUCCACACACGUGCUACUGGCCACGCCGGCUCUGGAUGCUGUGUUCACAGACCUGGAGAUUCUUGCUGCCCUUUUUGCUGCUGCCAUCCAUGACGUGGACCACCCUGGCGUCUCCAACCAGUUCCUUAUCAACACGAAUUCGGAGCUGGCGUUAAUGUACAACGACGAGUCUGUGCUUGAGAACCACCACCUGGCUGUGGGCUUUAAGCUGCUGCAAGAAGAGAACUGCGACAUCUUCCAGAACCUCAGCAAGCGCCAGCGACAGAGCCUGCGCAAGAUGGUCAUCGACAUGGUGCUGGCCACAGACAUGUCCAAGCACAUGACCCUUCUGGCUGACCUGAAGACUAUGGUGGAGACGAAGAAAGUGACCAGCUCGGGAGUUCUCUUGCUGGACAACUAUGCCGACCGCAUCCAGGUCCUCAGGAACAUGGUGCACUGUGCGGACCUCAGCAACCCCACCAAGCCUCUGGAGCUGUAUCGACAGUGGACUGACCGCAUCAUGGCCGAGUUCUUCCAGCAGGGCGACCGGGAACGAGAGCGUGGAAUGGAGAUUAGUCCCAUGUGUGACAAGCACACGGCCUCUGUGGAGAAGUCUCAGGUGGGCUUCAUUGACUACAUUGUCCACCCGUUGUGGGAGACGUGGGCAGAUCUCGUCCAUCCCGAUGCCCAAGACAUCCUGGACACGUUGGAAGACAACAGGGAUUGGUACCACAGUGCUAUCCGGCAGAGCCCUUCCCCACCCCCGGAAGAGGAGCCGGGAGGGCUUGUCCAUCCAUCCCUACCUGACAAGUUCCAGUUUGAGCUCACACUGGAGGAGGAAGAGGAAGAGGAAGAGGAGGAUUCCUUGGAGGUUCUGGGAUUGCCCACUGCUGAGGAGAACUUGAGCGCACCAGAGGACUGCACAGCUCAGGCUACAGAACAGUCCAAGGUCAAAGUUGCUGCUGCGAGAGAGGGCGAAGAGUAUCUGAGGCAGGGGACAGUCGCAGCGUGUGUGGCUCCCAAGGAGUCCAUGGAGGCUGUGGGCUGCUCCUGCAGCUCUGGAACCCCCAUUCUGCCUGACUUGAGGACCCUGUCCCCUUCAGAGGAGGCCCCGGGCCUCCUGGGCCUCCCCUCCAUGGCGGCAGAGGUGGAGGCCCCAAAAGACCAUCUGGCUGCCACGAGGGCUUGUGUCUGCUCUGGGACAUCAGGAGACAACUCUGCCAUCUUCUCAGCUCCAGGCAGGUCAGGGUCAGGUGGGGACCCUGCCUGAGCCCUGUUCCCUUCACCCGUGGGUCCUCCCCCCUCUCCACUCUCCCCACUCACCACGGACCACCUCAACGACUCCUGGCCCUCCUGAGAAAAAAGAAAACAGAAAAGUGGGGUUUUUUUCUCUUUCUUUUUUUACCCUUCCCUGCUGCCCUUACCUACAGGGCUUUUUUGUGGAGGUGGGGUCUGGGGAGCCAGGAACUGAAGUCCCCAAAAAGGGAUUUUAUUUUUUGAAUUUUAAUUGUAACGUUUUUAGAAAAAGAACAAAAAGAAAAAAAAUGAAACACAGCAACUGUAGAUGCACCCCUCCCCAUUCCUGGUCCCCCAUUUCCCCUCACCUAACCCAUCAUGUCAACCUCAAGUCCAAGGCGCCAUCUUCCUGCCUCUCUUGAGACUCAAGUCUAGGCGUGGCACUGCCCUUUGGGCUGUUCUGGGGUUCAGAGGACAUCUAGAACCCGAUUGGAAAUAGCUGCAGGGAGAGCCACAAGGAGGGGACUGGUCCAUAGCAGGGGUCCCUCUCCCUGGCUCACUGUCCCCUCCCACGAUGUCUUCCAUCUCUUCUUUUUCUUAUCUUCUUUUCUACAACCCUGGUGUGUGGAUGGGAGGUGGUCGGAAGAGCCAUUGCUUUAGGACCCAGGGACCCUGGUUUCACCCUCUACCAGUCUCAGGCCUGGGGCUGAAGUCCCUUCUUCAGAUGGCAUCUCCUUCCUUUGGGUCACUUUGAAUUCUUUCCGUUGGAGGAAGGGGGCUCUGUCCAUGCGCACGAACAUCCUCCUUCCAGCUGCUUCUUCCUCUUGUUUCUGCCUUAAAGAUUCCUGUGGCCGUAGAUGAAGUCUCGGUGGCUCCCUCCUGUGCUCUGGGUGGGCAGCACCCCAGCAUAGACACCCCUUCCCCAGCACCCACUCCACCACCUUUUCAGAGUCUCACUCAGCGCCCCCCGCAACUCUCGUUGCCCUAGGAGGAAGCAAUAAUGGUGUGCACCACAUCCUCUCCUCCUGGGCAGCCCUUUCCCUCCCAGCACCAAAGCCGCCCCUCUUGUCCUCACCUUACUGAGCUUGACCUUCCUUAACCACCCAGCCACAGGCCGUUCCUAAGCAAUAUCAUAGAGCAAGGCCAUUUUCUCCAAGCCAUGGGGUGAGGGGACUUUUAAAAAGGAAUGACCCCGCUUUCCCCUGCCACCUCCAGCCAUCUGCAGCAGGGCCGUGAGGCAGCUCUCAUCCCUUGCCUGCCCUGUUACAUCUCUGGACACGGUACUGUAGCCCUCCCCCCAAUUCCUUCUCUGCUGUCCUUCUGUCUAACCCACUAACCCAUGCUCCCAACCCUCAAUGCUUACAGGGUUUUGUUUAUUAAGCAAAGGUAGUGUCUGUCCUAGCUGGUCAUGAGAACAACCCCUCUGUGUGUGGGGGGGGGGGGGUUUGGGUUUUUUUUUUUUUGUACAUACGCUAAGGUUGGUAUAUAAAUUAUUCUAAGACAGAAAUGGAAAAUGAACUUGCCUUUCCCAUUGGGAAGGUGAGGAAGGGGAUCUCCAGGGAGAAGCAACCGUUUCCUGCUGUAUUAUACAAGCUGUACCAUAUUCCCUGAAUGGAAGGUGGGCAUGCGGCCGGUUCAUGCAAAAUUGUGUCAUCAUAUCUAAGGAGGGACAAGAGCUGGCCAGUGCUUGCACCAUGUCCCCUUCUCCAAGAGCCCAGGAUGGGGUUGGAGGAGGCCAGACCCCUGGACUCAGUCAGGGCUCCUCCCUGCCAGAGUGGGUGCAGGUCCUCGUGAGCUGCCUACAUGUUGUCCCCAUUGACAAUUGAUCAAUUGGUCUGUGGAUUGACAAUCAAUCCUUCAAUCUUGUCCCUGAUUAAAGUGAGGCUCUCACUGAUGCUUCCAGCUGCUGGCUGAUGUGGCUUCGUUUGUUUCUGUGAAAGAUUGGCUAUCUGGGGGCUGGGGACACACGCGACGGUGCAUGCUGAGGCCAGAGGACGGCUUCUGAGAA